CACUCCUGAAAUCCCCCACCCGCCUCUAGCUCGAUCAAACGAUUCGAAACCAUUCCGCACUAGAAAAUCCAAAUCGCCACGCUCCGAAACCCUAACCCUAGUCUUCCCUCCCGCCACUGCCCGCCCCAAUGGCGAAGCCGGUGAAGUACGACGACGACGACGAGGAGAUCUCGUCCUCCGCCGAGGAGGAGGAGGACCAGUCCGACGCCGCCGGCUCCGGAUCUGGCGAGGAGGGGGACGAGGACGAGGAGGACGCCGCGGCACCUCCCGCGGGGGAGGAGGAGGAGGCUGAGGGAGAGGGGCAGCAGGGGGAGGAGGAGGAGGUCGAUGAGGAGGAGAUCGAGGCCGUCACUACCGGCGCCGGCGCCGAGGAGGAGGAGGACGCCGGUGCCGCGGCCCCUGCGGAAGGCGACGACGAGUCCCAGUCCACAGAGGACGACGAGGCCGCCCCGGGCGAAAACGGCGACGAGACUGAUGUAGUGGUCGGGAAGCGUGAGAAAGCCAGGCUAAAGGAGCUCCAGAAGAUGAAGAGGCAAAAAAUACAAGAAAUAUUGGAUACUCAAAAUGCUGCCAUUGAUGCUGACAUGAACAAUAAAGGGAAGGGACGAUUGAAAUACCUUCUUCAGCAGACGGAAAUAUUUGCUCACUUUGCAAAAGGAAGUCAAUCUAAAGAGAAAAAACCACGUGGGCGGGGACGACAUGCAUCAAAGAUGACGGAAGAAGAGGAAGAUGAAGAAUACCUUAAGGAGGAGGAAGAUGCCCUUGCUGGUGCAGGGGGGACACGAUUAGUUUCUCAGCCUUCAUGCAUUAAAGGAAAAAUGCGAGACUACCAAUUGGCUGGGCUUAAUUGGCUCAUACGGUUGUAUGAGAAUGGUAUCAAUGGGAUUUUGGCUGAUGAGAUGGGCCUUGGGAAAACUCUUCAAACCAUUUCACUGCUGGGCUAUCUGCAUGAAUUCAGAGGUAUAACUGGUCCUCACAUGGUUGUUGCACCGAAGUCCACGCUUGGCAACUGGAUGAAGGAAAUCCAGCGUUUUUGCCCUGUCCUUCGUGCUGUGAAGUUCUUGGGAAAUCCAGAAGAGAGGAACCAUAUAAGGGACAAUUUGCUACAGCCUGGGAAAUUUGAUGUGUGCGUGACUAGUUUUGAAAUGGCAAUCAAAGAAAAAACUGCAUUGAGGCGUUUCAGCUGGCGCUACAUUAUUAUUGAUGAAGCUCACCGGAUAAAAAAUGAGAAUUCUCUUCUAUCGAAGACUAUGAGGAUUUACAACACUAAUUAUCGCCUUCUCAUCACAGGCACUCCACUGCAGAAUAAUCUCCAUGAGCUUUGGGCUCUCCUCAACUUCUUGCUACCUGAAAUAUUUAGCUCCGCUGAGACCUUUGAUGAAUGGUUUCAAAUUUCUGGAGAAAAUGAUCAACAGGAGGUGGUCCAGCAGCUCCAUAAGGUCCUUCGCCCAUUUCUUCUUCGGAGGCUUAAGUCUGAUGUAGAAAAGGGUUUACCUCCAAAGAAGGAAACCAUACUUAAAGUUGGAAUGUCUCAGAUGCAAAAGCAGUACUAUCGUGCUCUGCUUCAGAAAGAUUUAGAGGUUAUUAAUGCUGGUGGAGAACGCAAGCGAUUGCUUAACAUCGCCAUGCAAUUGCGCAAAUGUUGCAACCAUCCAUAUCUAUUCCAAGGAGCUGAACCUGGCCCACCCUACACAACUGGUGAACAUCUAAUUGAGAAUGCAGGAAAAAUGGUGCUGUUAGAUAAAUUGCUGCCCAAGCUAAAGGAACGUGAUUCCAGAGUCCUUAUUUUCUCACAGAUGACCAGGCUUUUAGAUAUCUUGGAAGAUUAUCUUAUGUACAGAGGGUAUCAGUAUUGCCGCAUUGAUGGAAAUACAGGCGGAGAGGAUCGUGAUGCAUCCAUUGAAGCUUUUAACAAGCCAGGAAGUGAGAAGUUUGUUUUCUUGCUUUCAACUAGGGCAGGUGGCCUUGGUAUCAACUUGGCCACUGCUGAUGUUGUGGUUCUUUAUGACAGCGAUUGGAAUCCACAAGCUGAUCUGCAAGCUCAAGACCGUGCGCAUAGGAUAGGCCAGAAGAAAGAAGUUCAAGUUUUUCGCUUUUGCACAGAGUAUACUAUCGAGGAAAAAGUGAUUGAGAGAGCAUACAAGAAGCUUGCGUUGGAUGCUUUGGUUAUUCAGCAAGGACGUUUGGCAGAGCAGAAAACUGUCAAUAAGGAUGAUCUUCUGCAAAUGGUGAGGUUUGGUGCUGAAAUGGUUUUCAGUUCUAAAGACAGCACAAUAACAGAUGAGGAUAUAGACCGUAUUAUAGCUAAAGGAGAGGAAACAACAGCAGAACUUGAUGCAAAAAUGAAAAAGUUCACUGAGGAUGCCAUUAAAUUUAAGAUGGAUGAUAAUGCUGAAUUGUAUGAUUUUGAUGAUGAGAAGGAUGAAAACAAGGUUGAUUUCAAGAAACUCGUCAGUGAUAACUGGAUCGAGCCACCUAGAAGAGAAAGGAAGAGGAACUACUCCGAGUCUGAGUACUUUAAGCAAGCUCUUCGCCAAGGUGCACCAGCAAAGCCUAGGGAACCAAGGAUUCCAAGAAUGCCACACUUGCAUGAUUUCCAGUUCUUCAACAACCAAAGGCUAAAUGAAUUGUAUGAAAAGGAAGUGCGAUACCUCAUGCAAGCAAACCAGAAGAAAGAUACCAUAGAUGGUGAAGACGAAGAUCAGUUGGAGCCUUUGACUGCAGAGGAACAGGAAGAGAAGGAGCAGUUACUAGAAGAGGGUUUUGCAUCAUGGACGAGGAGAGACUUCAACACCUUUAUUCGUGCAUGUGAGAAAUAUGGUCGAAAUGACAUAAAAAGCAUAGCCUCUGACAUGGAAGGGAAAACAGAAGAGGAGGUUCAGCGAUAUGCUAAAGUUUUCAAGGAGCGAUACAAGGAAUUGAGUGAUUAUGAUAGAAUUAUCAAGAAUAUUGAAAGGGGAGAAGCAAGAAUAUCCCGCAAGGAUGAGAUUAUGAGGGCCAUUGGGAAGAAGCUAGACCGCUACAAGAACCCAUGGUUAGAGCUGAAAAUUCAGUAUGGCCAAAAUAAAGGGAAGUUCUAUAAUGAGGAAUGUGACCGUUUUAUGCUUUGUAUGGUGCAUAAACUUGGCUAUGGGAACUGGGAUGAACUGAAAGCUGCCUUCCGCAUGUCUCCCUUGUUCCGAUUCGAUUGGUUUGUGAAGUCCAGAACUACACAAGAGUUGGCUAGGCGUUGUGACACCCUUAUCCGACUUGUUGAGAAGGAGAAUCAAGAAUAUGAUGAGCAAGAAAGGCAGGCAAGGAAGGAGAAAAGGCUUGCUAAGAACAUGACUCCAACGAAGCGAGGGGCAUCAAGAAAUUUGGAGGGUGAGACAACUCCAUCGAAUUCUUUCAAGAGGCGGCGGCAGUCCCUUAUGGAUGAUUAUGUGGGCUCGGGGAGGCGUAAGAGAGGGUGAUGUGAUGUUUGCAUCCUGCUUUUGGAGUUUGCCAGGAGAUGAGCAGAUGCAGUAUCUGCAAUGCGCUUAAAGCCCAGCCCUGGAGUGCUCAAUUCCUCUAGCACCUGAGCUCAAAGCCUAGAACGCAGGCUUGACUUUGUAGUGUAACUUCUGCAAUGACAUAGGUUAGUUUAUUCCUAAAUUAAGUGGCAUGUAAAUGCUGUUGGUCAUUUAAUGACUGUGUUGGUCGGUAGUCACCACAUGAUGUAGAGUGUUGCUGCCGUUUUGAAGUGGCUCUCGCCUUGGAGCGAAGUUAAAUUGAACUGUUACUUUGCGCAGCAGGCUGAGAAGUAUGGCACCUACGGUGAGUAGUUGUGGACCUUACGAUUGUCUCGCAGUAGUAGUAGCAAAAGUGAACUGCCUGUGGCCAUAGUAUGGUGCCAACUUUUGUACUGUGACUUCAUAUUUCAGUUCUAUUGCAAGUUUGGAAAACGAAAAUUGAACU